UAGACCUCAAGCAGGUUUAUACAUAAGCACAAUGAAGAAGAAUAACAGGAAGUCUACUACGAGGAUCGACGAGCAAGAUGACAUCUGUGUCCCAGACUCCAAGGAUCCAGGAGAGCUUCAAAAUAUGUUGGAUGAAGGAGAGUAUGCCCCUUUUGUAUCUCCUCCCAUAUUAGAGAGCAAUUUUAUCCAGGUCAACAGGAGAGGUGAAUCCAUUUACCUUCAUAACCGAGCCAACUGGGUGACUGUAGGCAUCUGCUCUUUCAGUCCCACCCUCAAGACCCCCAAUGUGAUACUGUUGGCACAUCUGACACCGGCCGCCCAGAAAGAUUCAGAACCCCUUUUUAAAAGUCUUCUGACAUCUCCUUCUCCAGAGAAUCUGGUGCUCACCAGGUUUCUCCCUCUGCAGUUUGUGACUCUUUCUGUGCAUGAUGCUGAGAAUAUGCGCAUCAAAGUAAAGCUGGUGAGUGGCCAAGCCUACUACCUACAGCUCUGUGCCCCUGCAUGCAAACAAGACACCCUAUUCUGUCAGUGGGUGAAACUCAUCUCCCUCUUGAAUGAGGAGAAAGCCAAAGCUUCCAAAGUGUCGGAAGACUCCAGCCUCUCAGAAAUAACAAACAGCACAGACAUCACAGGGUCAGUGGACAUCAUGGAUAUGGCAGCCUUCACAGCUGUACAGACCCCAUACCUGUACACAUGUUCAGACCCCAUCAAUGACAUAGAAAGCACUGAUUUCUCGGAAUUCACGGACAUCACUGCUGUCACCGAUGUCACGGAUAUUCCAGAAAAUGAGGUCACCGAGGCCCCAGAUAUAAGAAUUGUCACAGAAGUCACAGAAGUCACAGACAUCUGCAAUGUCACAGUGGGCUCAGGGGUCACAGUGGUGUUUGAAAAUGAUGACAUACUCAGGGCCAAGCGGGAGGAAAAGGAAAAACAGGAAAAUAUUCUGAAGGCUGGUUGUCUACAAGAUACAAAAGUUAAGAAUGAGUUUAGAGAAUCCUCAAAACAUGUCACCAUCUCAAACCUAAUGCUGACUUUUGAAGGUGAAAGAUGUUUUCAAACUACCUUGACUCCAGAAGAAGGUGAGACAAAUAAAUCCAAAGAGAUGAGUGAUAGACCCUCUGAAAUGAGGACAACAGACUCUAAAAGCACGGCUCUCAAGGCUGAAGAAUCCAGGAGGAGGAGAACUGAUUCAGACACUUCAGAGUUCCCUAGUUCCCUGAAUGUCUAACUCACUGGGCGUGAACCACUCCCAAGGUUGCUCUGCGGGCAGAACCUGAACAUGAUACGGCCUUAUUCCUGCUGAUUUGGAAGGGAAUUGAUCCACAACUCAAUUUCUUGGUAAAUCUAAAACCACCUAGCCCCUCUUUUCUUCCUGCUUACGUCUUUGGCUUCUGCUUCGCUGUCAGGUGAUACCAUUUAAUGUUUUUUUCUGGCAGUUUUUUCCUUACAUAUUUCCAUGUCUCGGGAUCUUUAACUUGUAACAAGUGUUUGAAGUAGAGGCUGUCGUGUAGGCACCGGUGGAGAUUUCUCCCCUUACUUGCUGCUGACCCACUUCUAAGUUACUGUCUAACUUCUGGGGGGUAGAAUAGGCCUCAGCUCCAGUCAUGCACAUAAAACAACAUCAUGGAAGGAACACAGAAGCACACUUCACUGAAUGUAAAUGGAGAGGAAAAGAAUACCAAAAACACUUGAAGACAUUUUUAGUCACUUUUGCAAGAGUCCUACCAAAAAAAAAAAAAAAAAAAAGGCAAAUAAUUGGUGGGGAGGGCUCAAUGGGUAAAGGGGAUCAGUGUAUGGUGACAGAAGGAAAAUAAAUUUUUGGU